UUAUUAAUGGUGAAUUAUAAAUUAAUUAAUUUAAACAUGACAAACUCAAAAAAGAUUUCAUAUUUGAUAUUUGCACUUUGUGUUUUACAAUGGCCCAUGCAUUUGGUAGAAUCAGCUGUAAGUGCAGUAGCUAGCAAUAGUAAGGCAGCAUAUGCGAGAACUGAUGAUAAAGGUCAGGAGGUGUCGUCCAGUAUAUUGGGUUCAAUUUAUCAUAAAAGUCGACAAUCAAGAUGUGUAACAUGUUAUGAAGACAGGCGUUAUGGCGAUGAUCGCAGUCGUUAUUAUGGCAGUUAUGCUGCCAGAUCUGGUGAUGAUCGUGCAAGUAGUUGGUAUUAUUCAGGCCAUGAUCGUUACGAAGAUCGUGGUUAUCGUGGUGCUGAUUAUGACAGAUAUGCAGCACCUGUAGCCGAUCGUUAUGGUGCUGAUCGUUAUGGCGCUGAUCGUUACGGUGCUGAUCGUUAUGGCGCUGAUCGUUAUGGUGCUGAUCGUUAUGGUGCAGAUCGUUAUGGUGCUGACAAAUAUGGUGGUUACAGAGAUGAUCGUUAUGGCGCACGACCUGCCUACGAUCGUUAUGAUACCCGCACUCGAGUUCCAUAUGAAAGACCAGCUGCAUAUGAUCGUGGUGAAAGUCGAGGUUAUGGUUAUGAUAAUCGUGAUCGUUAUUAUGGUGCUGAUCGUGGCAGCAGUGAUUACUAUGGAAGAGAUCGCUAUUAUGAUCGUCCACGAUAUGGUGCUGGUGCCGGAGCGGCAUCUGGUUAUGGCAGCUAUGAUCGUGACUAUUAUGAUCGUUAUUCACCAAGGUAUGAUUUUCGCCAAUAUCGUCCAUGGGAUGACUCAUACAGAGGGCAGUCUAGCUAUGAUAGUACUGGUCAUGGCCAAUAUUAUGCUAAAGGAACACAAGAAGAUCGUCGUUAUUUACCCGAACCCGGUUACAAUUCACCUGCCAUUUCACCCUGUGGUGUUAGAAAACCAAAUUGUCCAUAUGAUCCCCAAGAGGGAGGAACUCGUGUAACAUCUGGUACCAUUGAUAGUGGUAGUUAUAAUAUGGGUGUUUCACAGACAACCUACAACACAAAUUCGCAUACAAAUCGUAAUGACAGCUCAAAAGGUUCGGGUUCAACGGGCGGUUGGUCGUAUAUGCGAGAAGAUGAUGAGCAACCCUCCCGAGGUGGUAGUAAUAAUAGUGGUAGUAAUGCUAGUAAUAGUAAUAAUAACAAUAGGGACAGGAAUAGAGAUCAGCAAAGCUCUGCCUAUGGUGCUUUAUUAGAUCGUGAUUCCAAUCUUAUAGCCGUGGAACCUGUUAAAUCCAAUGAUAAUGCUAACAACGACUCUAUGGCAAGUAGUGAUCAGCAAAUGGAUAAAAACGCUGAAGAAACUGGCAAACAGAGUGAUAAUGGACAAAAUUCUUAAAGUUAUGGGUGCAGGAAUAAUCAAUACAAGUGUUCCUUUUCUAAGAAUCUUAACGAUAAAUACGAUAUUUAAAAUUAAUGGAGAUGAAAAAUUUAUAAAAAAAACAGAGCAGAUAUAGUGUGUUCAAGUUUAAAACUAAUAAUGUGCGUGUGUUCAUAAGAAAAAAAGAAUGAAUUGAAUCAACAAAUGUGUAAUUAAAUUAUUUAUGUACAUUACUGAUAUUUUAAUAAAAUACUUACAUUUGUAAAA